AUGGGCAUUCCUACUGAACUCGUUGGUAGUCUUCCACGGCCAACAUAUCUCCAGAAGGCGUUUGCAGACUACGAUUCAGGCAAGAUCUUGCGGGAUGAUCUCAUCGCCGCCCAGGACAAAGCGGUGGUAGAUUCACUGAAGAACCUCGCAGCGACGGGAGAAACAUUGAUCUCAGACGGUGAGCAGAGAGCUAGCUCGUUCGCCACAUAUCCCAUCACCGACACGUUGGGAGGAACGGGGUUGGCAGAGAACCUCGCGGCCGGCGGGCAGUACUUUGCUUACUUUGACGACGGACACCACAGACAACUGCCACGCCUCGUCAAAGGUCCAUUCAGGUACAAGACAUACGCUUACGAGAACUUCCAAAAGUCGGCGGCGCUGGCGGAUGGCCACGCGAUGAAGUCUGCCGUCAUUGCGCCUUCAAUGUUGUGGCUUUUGUACCCCUUGAAUGGCACUGUGGAGGGCUAUUCCCGAGAGCAGUAUGAGGUCGAUCUUGUUAAUGAAUGCGAAAAGGAUCUUCGCGGUUGUUUCGCCGCUGGAGCCCGGCGGGUGUCAAUUGAUUUCACUGAAGGUAGACUGGCAUUGAAGAAUGACUCCCGUAGCCCGUGGACCGGCAUGAACCUCCUACACAAGUUCAUCGAUCUGAUCAAUCGAGUCCUGGCUCGUUUCACUCCAGAACAACGAAAGAAUAUCGGACUACACACGUGCCCGGGUGGUGAUUGUGACUCGGUCCACUCGGCUGAUGUUGACUACCACCAGCUCCUACCGUCACUCUUCCAGAUCAACGCGGGAUAUUUCUUGAUCCAGUUGGCUUCAGAGAAGAACAAGGCAAAAGUGUACGAUGAAAUUGGAAAGACGAUACGGGUGGAUGCCGACGGGGUAAAGCAAGUCGCAUUUGUGGGUGUCACGAACCCAUUGAGCCCUUACAUCGAGACACCGGAACAGGUUUGUGAUGCACUCCUGGAGGCAGCCAAGUAUAUUCCCUGCGAUCAGCUUGGAGCAACGGACGACUGCGGUUUCAGUCCCUUCAGUGUCGACUCGAAGCCCAAGCACCAAGGUCCCGAUUUUGCACGCGAAGUGGCCUUUAAAAAGAUCGCCAGCCGGAUCAAAGGAGCACAAAUGGCCAGCCAAAGGCUAAAACUAUGA